AUGCAGCCGCCGUUUCCACUGUGCGCGAGGACGCUCAGAUCAUGCGGUGCGGAGACUUUUGAAGUUAUUAGCAAACUCUCCACGGGAACAGGAGGCAAGGUGCAUGUGGACACGGAGAAACAGGAGUACCCCUGUCACCGGCUUGUUGGGGGCUUCGAAUUGCAGGAGCGUGGGCCUACUCGACAUCUCGAUUCGGAGGCCCGCAGCAACACCAGGACACCGGCGGGGUACGGGGGGAGCGGCGGCAGCACUUAUGAAACCGCGAGCAGGAGCAACAGCAGCAGCACCAGGUCCCUGGCCACACGAUACUUUUGCAAUGCGACGGGACGGAAGGAAAUUGACGCAGACUACGGCCGCUGUCGAAGGGGGAUACCGAUAGCGUAUAUGAAAGAAGAUUUUGCGGGAAGUGGCGAAGCCGUGAUAAGAGGUAUCAGUGGCACGUUGCUACUGCGGGAAGUCGGCAUAGAGUACGCGCGCGAACCGACCACGCAGAAAGAUAACAUACGCAGUCUAAAGACGAGUCUCCCAGCGAAAAACGCCGUCACUGUUGUCAGCGCAAUCGUGCUAGAUAGUACGUUCCACCGAGUCCACGCCACCUACGUCUGCUCCGCGGACUCGCGGGACCGCACUCGUAAGAACGGGACGGAACAUAGGUCGGCAUCGGGUGCAGCCAGCUGGAGCAUCUAA